CCUGCCAACAUGGCUUUCGACUCUGCCACCAACCGGACACACGCGCUGCAUAACCGCCCUCUUGAACAUGGACGCCCCGCCGCAGCGGGGCGACCAGAACCGCCUCGUGAAAAGCCCGGUGGGAAAGGAAAUUGACGAGGCGCGCAGGUUGGCCAACACGAGCACCCUCAACAGGCUGGUGUCGAAACUCAAAGCCGAUCCGGCCGCCGAUCUGGCCCAGGCCUUGAAGCAACAGGCGGUCGCGUACCCACAACUUCGCCGCCGCCUUGAGCAAGCCGCGCAGGAGAAAGCAACGGCACAAGGCAGCGGCAGCGACAGCGACAGCGACAGCGGGCCGGAACACCGCACCGGGAAAGUUCGUCCCUCAAAUAAUGCACUCGAGCUGGCCACGCAUGUGAAUGAGGCAAUUGAAAAUGCGGAGGUGCUAUGGAGGCUGCACGGAACCGUGGUCCUAGGACUCAGCGCGUCCGUGGUUGUCAAGAUUGGAGCAUCGCUCGAUCCGGACGAGGUCGAAAACCUGCGGUAUAUCAACGCACACGUCCCGGACGUCCCAGCACCGUCGUUCUUGGGCUGUUUGAAAGCCGGGCGGAAAACGUAUCACUUCAUGUCACGGGCGGCUGGUGUUACGCUGGAAUCCGUGUGGGCGGAUCUCUCCGUCGAACACAAAACUUCGAUCAAGGCGCAACUAAACAGCAUAUUUCGUACAUUGCGCAAGGAGCAUGAUGGCGGCAGGCCAAAGUUUGGUGGUUUCGUAUCCGCCAUCUGCAAAGACACGAGGAGGCACCAGCGGCUGAGUGAGCCUACGAUUCAAACCGAGACGCAGUUCAACGACUUCUUGUGCCGCAAGCCCGGGAGAACUCCCACGCCCUGGAUUACCAUGCUUCGGUCCGGGAUGCGAAAUGACCAUCGCCUGGUCAUGACGCAUGGUGACCUCCAUCCUAGGAAUAUCAUGGUCCGGUGGGAGUCGGGUGACGAGGAUGGCGCCAAUCUGGACAGAGGUGAGGAGAAGAGGAUCCGAAUAACCGGGCUCAUUGACUGGGAGAUGAGCGGUUGGUAUCCGGAGUACUGGGAGUUCGUCAAGGCAUUGUCCACGAUCAAUACGCGGGAGAAGUUGUCCGAUUGGUUUGAGUACCUCCCAACCGACGCAAUAGGAACAUGGCCAGUCGAGUUGGCCAUCGACUCACUCCUUGAUCGCUGGCUUGCAUGAGGCCAGCAGUUAGGCGCUCGAGGUCGACGCCUUGGGGGGAGUAUGGACGUGGGCGGACAGGGGUACUAUGAUAGAUGUCUCCAGGAAGAUUGUGUUGUGUGAAGCAAUCAGGCAAGGCGGAAAGGUGAUGGUAUUGUACCUCUGUAUGUAGGUGGUGGUGGUCUGU